AUGGAGAAGCAUCACCUCUGGCAGGUGGACAGGCAGGAGCAGAGCAUCCCUGUCUCCUGUGUCAUUAUCCAUCCCAUAUGGGAUGAGGUUCAGCCCAUCUGCCUUCCCCACCAGGAUGAAGACUUCCAGGCAGUGACACUGUAUGUUCUUAGCGGCUGGGGCAAGGUGUCUGAGGCGGCUGGGGUGCUGGCUCCCAUCCUGCAGGAGAUGGAGCUGCCCCUCAUCGACAGCCAGACCUGCAGCACGCUGCUGAGAAGCAUGAACCUACUGCCGGUGUGGAGGUCCAUGCUGUGUCCUGGCUUUCCUGACAGUGGAGGCUUUGUGCCAAGCCCUCUCCUGGCACCAGUGGAGUGCAGUUCCCAAGGUACCCUGCUCUUUGGAGAAAGUGUCCACAUUUGGUACCCCCAGGCUUUGGAGGAUAAUUACCCUGAUAACAGCCUGUUCACCUGGAAUAUAGUGCCAGAGGACAAAAUCAUCUUCAUACGCUUCACCAAAUUAGAUGUAGAAUACCAAGUGGGAUAUGACCAUGAUUAUGUGUCCCUCUAUUUGAAUGGAAGAGAGCUGAUCAGUACAGCCUGUGGGAAAGUCUUCCCAGCCCCUCUGCUGGCAUAGUUGGACCAGGCCACUGUUACAUUUGUUUCUGAUGGCAGCAAUGCUGGUGGUGGUUUUCAGCUCACCUUCGUGGGUGUCCAUAUGGAUUCUGAAGCAGGUGACCUUUCUGUGGUAAGUGUCACAAUGUUAGUGGAAGAGGGAAAGAUUGAUACUGCUAAUUAGCCUGGCUUGUAUCCCAGAAACGCAAAGUGCCACUGGUUCAUUGAGGGUCCGGCAGAGUAUGUCGUAAAGCUGGAGUUUGAAGGCUUUGCUGUGGAACUUAUCUCAGGAUGCAUUUAUGAUGCCGUUACUUUUUAUGGUGAUGAAGAAAACCAGUUGAACACCUGUGGCUUUCCCCCAGUUACUCCCCAGUGGCUGUUCAAGUGUGUUAGUGGAGCUGAGAAGGCUUGUCCUCACUGUUGGCCAUGGCAUGCUGCCCUGAAGCUCACUGGAGACUACUAGUGCGAUGGGGCUGUCAUCAGCUCUAUGUGGCUGCUGACAGCCACCCACUGUGUGCAGCUAUCCAAUAAACCCUCGCACUGGACUGUGACAGUAUGAGACCAUGACAGAGCCCUGAGAGAGUCAACAGAACAGGUGAAAACCAUCAUGGUGCAUCCACACUUCAACAUGCUGAACUAUGUCUCUGAAAUCGCCCUAGUGCAGCUAGAUGUCUUGCUGGAGUACAAACUCUUGAGGCCAGUGUGUCUGCCCAGCAGCUCAGAGACAUUAUUUUCCUCUUCCCUAUGCACUGCAUCUAGAUGGGGGAUCAUUGAAAGUGGGUCUUCUGAUUUUGCGUCUAGGUGGUUGCAGCAAACACAAACGCCUGUACUUCAGAAUGAAAUCUGUGAAAGGAAUUACUACUUCAGCCACACUGGAGGGAUCACAGCCAGGAUGCUUUGUGCUGGGUUUGUUUCUGUGGGAGGCCAGGACUCCUGUCAGGGUGGCUCUGGUGCCCCCUUGGUUUGUAACAAGGAAAAUGGACCAUUUAGUCUUUAUGGUAUUGUCCGCCGGGGUGUUGGCUUUGCCAGUCCAAAGAAAGCAGGAGUCUAUUCAAGAGUGAGGAUUUUCUUGGACUGGAUAAGAUUGUUGAUGAAAGGAUAUGUGGAAAGCACAGAGUGCUCUUCAGUACUCCGACUGUCUCCAAAGGGCAUGGCAAAGAUUACAGUAAAGCAUCUGUCAAUAACAUCAUUGCUGAACUGCCAAGACAAGUUUCAUGGAAUUUAUGAAGAGAGCCAGAGAGGAGUGCUAGGUAACAACAAACAAUCCAUCUGAGGACACUCAGCCCUAGAAAUU